CAGCGGAUGACCUCAAAGCCCGCGAAUGUCAUCUGUCCAAAGCCUUGUCGGUUUCCUUGAAGAUAAUCUUUUAUAUCCAAAAGGACCAGGAUUAGGUGCAGCUCAGUUGUUUAACAAUACUAAAUCAGCUUUUCAUGUUGGCACCUUGUCUGCCAUUGAUUCAUGGGAAAUCAAUGCUUACUCCCAAUUCAUACCAUUAGUUUCUGAUAGUCGUUCAACAGUUCGUGAUGAUAUUCUUCGAGAGUGUAUGCUGCAUCUACCUAUUCCUUUAAAGAUGUCACCUACACAGACAAGAAAUACUGAAGGAGUAGAGUGUCAGCGAAGCAUUGAUCUAGUCACAAAAGUACAAGAGGAUGAGAUAAGCGGUUAUUUUCCAAUCAAACGUCGGUUCAAGCCGUUAUUCUACACGGAUUCAAGUCUCUACUGUACAUCAAUGCCGUUAACUGCUGAUAACAAAGAGUAUAAUAGUCCAGGUGAUGGACUUAUUAUACGUCCAAGUGAACUUGGUCUAUUCAUUCUACACGUUUCUGGAAAUUAUCCGCCUACGCAUAGUUUAAACUCAUUGGAACGUUGUCUGCAAACUUUUGACUUGUAAAAGAAAGUUAAUCAAGUAAUUUUGUAUGAAAACUUUUAUUGCAAAAAGAAGCUUACUGUUAAUCUGUGCCUUUCACAUUGAUGAAUGAAUUGGGAAUACAUUCUUUAUUAUCCA